AUGCAUGGUAAAUUACUCAGUGUGCUUCUAGGCUCUGCCGUUUUGGCAGCGCCUGGCCAAGCCGUCAACCUUUUCGUAGCGGACUACGGCGGCAACCUGAGCACUCUGAGCCUCACCGAAUCCGCCAAAGGCUUCGAUCUCUCCGUCACCUCGAAAACGACCGAUUGCUCCCCUGGACCUAAUUGGCUCACGCUUGACAAGCCCAACAACGUGCUUUACUGUCUGGAUCGUGGUCCCAACUUCCAGCCGCCUGGAUCAUUGAACUCGUUCACUAUUGGCGACAAGGGUGUUUUGAAGCGCGUUUCUCGCGUAAAGUCUGUCGUAGGAGGCGCUGUGGCAGGCGAGAUUCUUACCGGAGCAAAUGGCAAGCGCGGUUAUUUCAGUGCUUCAUACACUCCAGGCGUAGCAUCUGUGUACGCCCUCGGCGACAAGGGUGCCAUUACCGGUACUGCGCCGCUCCAAGAGUUGACCACGAAAAUUAGCCAGACUGGCCCCAUUGCGGACCGCCAGGAAGCAAGCCAUCUUCACCAUGUCAUUAUUGACCCUACUGGAAAAUACGUCCUUACACCUGAUCUUGGUGGUGAUGUCGUCCGCGUUUUUACUUACGACAAGAACACUCUUGCUCCCAUUGCUGAGGUGGGCAGCUUGAGUGCUCCUCGUGGUUCUGGACCCCGCCAUGGAUUCUUCAGAAUCAUGGCGAAUGGAGAGACUUUCUUCUUCUUCGACGGUGAACUCGACCAGAAGGUGUACUCCUACAGCGUCAAGUACACCCGCACUGGCCUCUCCUUCACCAAGGUCUUUGAGAUUCCAUCGCUGAACGCUAGCUUUCCUCCCAACACGGCUCCCAUCAGCGAGAUUGCCAUGAGCCCCGACCAACGCUUUGUGAUCGCCACCAACCGCGAGAACUCUUUCGCCAACUCUCCUCAGCGUGGAUCUGGUCCUUCCGACACCCUCACAGUUUUCCAGAUUAAUGAGGAUGGCACACUGAAGCCUAUCCAGGCUGUCCCGUCUGGCGGGUAUCUGCCCCGCCAGUUCUCAUUCAACAAGGCUGGUGACAAGAUUGCGGUUGGUCAUCAGGUCAACCAGACCGUUGUCAUUUGGAAGCGCGAUGUCAAGAGUGGCAAGAUCAUUACGGAACAGGAGGGCGGAAAGUUGGCGCAGGUAAAACUUACAGGAGAUGUUGUAGCCACCAUCUGGGACGAGUAG